AUGGGUAAGAAUCAGUCGAAACAGAAAUUCAGCCACUGGGAUUUAGAUCGAUUUAGCAAUAUUACCAAAAUUCCCCGAGAUAAAGUUGAAAAGCUCUAUCAAGAAUUUAUAACGUCUUCAGGCAACGACAACAGAAUGGACAAGAAGGAAUUUCGUCGUUUGUACAAAGAAAUGUAUUUAAGUCGUCAAGUUGGUAGUGAACAAGGUAGUCCGUCUGCCCCAGCGAUGUGGAGUGAACACGAUUUGGAGAAGAUGUCAGAUCAUGUAUUCAAAGCUUUUGAUAGAGAAGGAUCGGGCAAAUUGAGCUUCGAAGAUUUUGUUAAUGCUUAUUUGCUACUUGAGAAUAGGCCAGGUGCAUCGACAAGUGCUGUAUUGUCCCGCGAUCGAUUCAAUUACAUCAUGGAUCACAAUAAUCCGACACCAGGGUACGUCUCACGUGAACAUGGUGAACAAUUGCUCAAUCGUCUAAAUCUAUGUGGCACGGAUGACAUAGAAAAACCAGGACAGACUACAACAUGGGAACAUCAUUGGAACAAAAUCGAUGAUGGCAGUGGCCCUGUCACGCAAGAGAAAUUUGUCGAAUAUGUCACCAAUUCGAAUGAUCACAAAUGCAGUUUUAAAUCAAGUACAGCAUAA